AUGUUGGACAUGGGCGAUAGGAAGGAAGUGAAAAUGCUGCCCAAGUCGUCAUUCAGCAUCAACAGCCUGGUGCCCGAAGCCGUCCAGAGCGACAACAACCACAGCCACCACCACAACAACCACCACCCGCACCACCACCACCACCAUCACCACCACCACCACCACCACCCUCCCCAGCAGCAGCAGCAGCCCCAGCGAGCCGCCCCGGCCGAGGAGGACGACGACGAGGAGAAGAACCCGCUCCUGCUGCAGCCCCCGGGGGUGGGGGUCGGCGUUGGGGUCGGAGUGGCCGGCUCGGCGGCGUCUGGGGCAGCCGCCGCGUCCGGUCCUCUGGAGGUGGCCAAGGGGGACCUCUUGGGCGGCAAAGGGGAGCCCGGCUCGGCGGCCGACCUGGACGACAAAGAGAAGGGCCCGUCGGAGGAGAAGAAGGGGGGGUCGGAGGGGGCCAAGGAGGGCGGCGGCGGGGGCGACGGCGGGGGCAAGGAGGGCGAGAAGAAGAACGGCAAGUACGAGAAGCCGCCCUUCAGCUACAACGCGCUGAUCAUGAUGGCCAUCCGACAGAGCCCGGAGAAACGCCUGACCCUCAACGGCAUCUACGAGUUCAUCAUGAAGAACUUCCCCUACUACCGGGAGAACAAGCAGGGCUGGCAGAACUCCAUCCGCCACAACCUCUCGCUCAAUAAGUGCUUCGUCAAGGUGCCCCGCCACUACGACGACCCGGGCAAGGGCAACUACUGGAUGCUCGACCCGUCCAGCGACGACGUCUUCAUCGGCGGCACCACGGGCAAGCUGCGGCGGCGCUCCACCACCUCGCGGGCCAAACUGGCCUUCAAGCGGGGCGCUCGCCUCACCUCCACCGGCCUGACCUUCAUGGACCGGGCGGGCUCCCUGUACUGGCCCAUGUCCCCCUUCCUCUCCCUCCACCACCCGCGGGCCAGCAGCACGCUGAGCUACAACGGGACCACCUCGGCGUACCCCAGCCACCCCAUGCCCUACAGCUCGGUCCUGACGCAGAACUCCCUGGGCAACAACCACUCCUUCUCCACCUCCAACGGCCUCAGCGUGGACAGACUGGUCAACGGCGAGAUCCCCUACGCCACCCACCACCUCACCGCCGCCGCCCUGGCCGCCUCGGUGCCCUGCGGCCUGUCCGUGCCCUGCUCCGGCACCUACUCCCUCAACCCCUGCUCCGUCAACCUGCUGGCGGCCGGGCAGACCAGUUACUUUUUCCCCCACGUCCCCCACCCGUCCAUGACCUCGCAGAGCAGCACUUCGAUGACGGCCCGCGCUGCCUCGGCCUCCACCUCGCCGCAGGCGCCCUCCACGCUCCCGUGCGAGUCCUUGAGACCUUCCUUGCCCAGUUUUACCACGGGACUGUCGGGAGGACUGUCUGAUUAUUUCACGCAUCAAAAUCAGGGCUCUUCCUCCAACCCGUUAAUACAUUAA